UGACGUCCAUUGCCUGUUGAACCGGAGGUGGGAUCUUCCUAUAUAAAUGUGCCGAGAUAACAAUAGCUGCAUUAAAAGACAACUUUUGACAUACAACAAACCUCGUUGUACAAUAUAGAUUUUCAGAAAUUUAAAAGACAAUUUAAUUUAUCUUUUCUGAGAAGGAAACAUGGCCACUCUCAAAAUGGUUUUUGGCCUUGUCGUAAUAGUAUCCGCAAUGGUUUUGAUUUCCGAGUCUGCCUUGAUAGAAUCAAAGCAAUCUCCAAGCAGUCUUGGUACUACGGAGGGAGAAGCUCCAAAAUUCGGUGGUGAAAUUGGGGUCGCAUCUCUGGCUGAUUUAGAAAACCAGAGCGAUGAGAGAGACUUGCCAAUUGUUGGUGAUACAGGAUCCGAAGCAGUCAGAGAUAAACGAUUCUUGUUUGGGUUUGGGGGACGCAGACAUCAUCAUCAUCAUCACCAUCAUCAUCGCCAUCAUGGAUAUGGCUAUCGGGAAUACGGAGGUUAUGGCGGGUAUCGCCCAAGAUAUCGCUACUACCACUGGGUUGGAUAAGAACAAAUAUUUUUUUGUUUAUGAAAUAAAAUUGGAAACAUUUUACAAAAA